AUUUCAACCAACUACAAGGGAGGUCAGUGAUAUUUCUGAAAAACAGAGGAGAUUCCUUCCUAAAUACAAGCAAAAUUAAGAGAGAGAGAGAGAGAGGGGAGUCAAACUGAACAAUGUUUGAACCAAGUAACCACCAGUGAUUCAUGGAGGCCAGUGAAAUGGAUAUCUUAAAGUCUGGUCUUUCCUUCAGAUGCCUUAAAAUUCCAUAGAAUUAUGGGUAGAAGCUCUGCAUGUACUAGGCCAAUGAAUUGGAUGUUCCUUGAAGGCAACAUGAGUUUCCUUGAUUGAGAGAAUAAUUUUUUAACGCAUAUAUGCAUGAUUAGCGUCGAGCUUGCAAUUCAAAAGCCAAUAUCUUUCAAAGAUUCAUCAACACUGAUGCAAGUUGAUCAGAAUGAGACCAGUAUAGUUGUGAGAGAUGAAAUGCAAAAUGGAGGAUCUGCGCAUGCAGAAACCAUCAUAUACCAUUCCAAGAAACUUCAAGGUGAUCUACAUAUGCUAGGGGUGAAAAUAAAAGAGCAUGAGGAAAACAUAAAAUUUUUGAAGACUCAAAAUAACAAGUUAGAUGAUUCCAUUCUUGAUUUUCAAGUCAAGUAUCAUACCUCAAGCACUCCUAAGAUUGAACAUGAGAACAACUCCCAACUUCAGCCUGAGGAGCAAACAACUGAACAGAUUCUACAUCAUGAAAAAUCUGCUGCGGGCAUUUUGUUUCAAUUGAAAACGCCACAUGGUACUCAGGCUUCCCAUCUUCCAUUGACCAAGGAUGUGCUGGGUAUUGUUGCUACACUUGGAAAAGUAGAUGAUGAUAAUCUUAGCAGGCUUUUUGCAGAGUACUUAGGAGUGGAGACCAUGCUGGCGAUUGUCUGUAAGACAUAUGAAGGUGUUAAAGCUCUAGAAACAUAUGACAAUGAAGGCUGCAUAAAUAAGAGUUCUGGUCUUCACAGGCUUGGGGCUUCCAUUGGGAGGGCUUUGGAUGGCCGAUUUCUCGUUAUUUGUCUUGAAAACUUAAUGCACGAGUCUCAUAUGUUUUUAUUUUUUAUGACAAUCUGGACUUGUAGUUUGUUAAACUUUUUAAAAUCUUUUUCCCCCUUUCACAGGCCAUAUGUGGGUGGGUUUGUUGCUGGUGACCCACAAAGAAGGCUUGAUCUUAUAAAGCCAAGAUUACCUAAUGGGGAGUGUCCAUCUGGGUUUCUUGGGUUUGCUGUGAAUAUGAUCAACAUGGACAACACAAACUUAUUUUGCCUCACAGCUAGCGGGCACGGCCUCAGGGAGACUCUAUUUUAUAAUCUCUUCUCUCGUCUGCAAGUAUAUAGAACAAGGGCAGAAAUGUUACUUGCUCUUCCUUGUAUAAGUGAUGGAGCCCUUUCUUUAGAUGGAGGGAUGAUUAAGAGUACUGGUGUUUUUUCCCUUGGGAAUCGGGAAGAUGUAGAUGUGAAAUUCCCAAAGCCCUCGGUGACAUCAACUCUACGUGACAACUGCAUUGAAGCUGAGAGGCGGGUCAAGGAGAUGAAAUGGAAAAAAGAAAAGAUGCUGGAAGAUAUGAAUAGAGAACAAGCAUUAUUGCAGGCUGCAAAGUUCGAUUUUGAUAAAAAGAAGCAAGAGUUUCUCAAGUUCAUUGCUGAAAGCUCAUCGUAUGCAACUCAGAAUUGCUCCUCUCCAAAGCCUCCUCUUUGCAGCUCUUUCUCCCUCACGAAGGAGCACUCUACGAGCAAAACGAGCGCACAAUCUUCAAGGCUAUUAACGGACUCGCAAAUUGAAGGAGACGCAUACUUCACCAAUAGAUUACAUGAGGGGUCUCACUUUGAUAAUGAAUUGAUGGGAUCUCCAAAUCUAAUGGGUCAAAUGUCUCCAUCCCAAGUUGAAAUAGAAUCUAGUUCUAAGAGACAACGGGGUAGUAACUUCACCAUAGAAGAAGAUAAUCUCCUUGUAUUGGCGUGGCUAAAUACUAAUAUGGAUUCAAUGCAAGGAAAUGAGCAAAAACACAAGAUAUAUUGGAGAACAAUUUGGGAGUACUUCCACAAGAAUAAGACUUUCAUUUCUAAACGUACGCAGCUAUCUCUAUUGAAUCGAUGGUCACUAAUUAAAAAGAGCACAAAACUUUUUUGUGGAUAUAUGGCUCAGAUUGAAGCAAUGCAUCAAAGUGGUGUGAAUGAGGAAGACAAGAUUGCUAAGGCGAAACUUAUGUUUCACGAAUUUCAGAAAACUUCAUUUCAGUUUCAGCAUUGUUGGAAUGUGUUGAGGUCCCAACCAAAAUGGAUUAAUGGCAAGAUUCGGAAAGAACACUUGGCAGGAAGGUUGAAAAUGAACGAUUGAAUAAACAAAAGAGCAAAGAUAGUGCGGGUGUGGAUGUUUCAGGGAUACUAAGUGAGAUAAAUGAAGAGAGGAAAAUAGAACUUAUUGGGAAAACAUCUGUUCAAGAGCAAGAGCAAGAGAGACUUCGAUUUAAGCAAGAAAAGCUUAGAGCGGAACAAGCAAGAGAGGACACAAUUAUGCUGAUGAAUACAAGCGGCUUGUCUGAAGUCCAAAAAGAAUAUAUUCAUCGCUGCCAAAUGAAAAUCUUUGAAAAUCGAAGGAGAAAAUAGUGUUUAAUUAAUUGAUCAUGUUACUAUUAGUGGUUUCAUCUCUGUUUGUAAGACAAUUGUCAAAUGAAAUUCUAUAUCUUGCUUUUUUA